AUGGCAACAUCAUAUGCUCUUCUUCUCUUCUGCAAUCUCACAUUCUUCGCCUUUCUUGCGUCAAUCACCAUUGGAUCUUCGUUCGUCGCCACUGAUUCCGAGCUAGUCGAGCGGAUCUGCAACCAAACAGCACCCUAUUACAAGUUUUGCAAGGAUGUUCUCAACUCUGAUCCGCGCACACCGGGCGCUGAUGGGGCCACACUAGCCUAUGUGGCCUUCGAAUUGGCAAAUCGCAAUGCUUCGAGCACCCAAGACCAGAUAACUUUGCUGCUCAGUAACUCCACCGGUCUGUUGCACCAGCACCUCGAGCAAUGCCACCUAGAUUACGCAACAGCCAUCGUGAAAACUUUUCUGGCUUUAACUGACCUGGAUCAGAAGACAUAUGGCAGAUUGACCUACGGCAGAUUGACCUACUUUGCUUCUAUGACAGGCGAACAAGCGAAGGACUGCGAAUCGGCCUUUGAUGGAACAAAAUCUCCGUUGGCUAAUAACAACAACGAUCUUUACGGCCUUUCAGUGAUUUGUGUUGCUCUUGCAAAGUGGCUCAAUGUCUGA